AUGGCCCAGGAAAACAUGACCAUAAAAGUCACAGAAUUCGUUUUAAUUGGACUUUCACAGAAUCCAAAAUGGAAUUUUAUCCUCUUCCUGAUUUUUCUCACAAUCUAUGUAACAACGUGGCUUGGUAAUCUCACUAUUAUCUUCACAGUGAUCUUCAUGCAUCAGCUCCACACACCUAUGUACUUCCUGUUGGCCAACCUUGCUGCCUUAGACAUCAGUGAUUCCACAGUCACUGCUUUGAAGCUGCUGGCGGGCCUCCUACCACAUCCCAAUACCAUCUCCUACAGCUGGUGCAUUGUUCAGGUUUUCUUUUUCCACUUGACUGGUGCUUCUGUGGAUUUCUUGCUCACAGUCAUGGCUGUUGAUCGGUACAUAGCUAUCUACAAGCCACUGCAGUACUUAAUUAUUAUGAACCAACGAGUUUGUAUAAGUUUGGUAGCAGGUGCUUGGUUGGGUGGCUUUAUCCACUCCAUUGUCCAGAUUGGGAUUCUCAUUAAGCUGCCCUUCUGUGGACCCAACGUACUGGACAAUUUCUAUUGUGACAUUCCCCAAAUCAUCAAGCUGGCUUGUACUGACACAUAUAUUACUGAGCUGCUGAUGGUUUCUAAUAGCGGACUAAUAGUUGCAGCUAUGUUCUUUGUCUUACUGGUAUCAUAUUCUGUCAUUUUGGUUAAGAUCAGAACCCACGUCACAGAAGGAAAGCACAAAGCUCUUUCUACUUGUACAGCACAUAUUGUGGUACUGAGCUUAAAUUUUGGACCUGCAAUAUUCAUUUAUGACCGUCCUUUCAAGGUAUUUCCAGGAGAUAAGAUAUUUCAAGUAAUGUAUACUCUCAUCACCCCAAUGCUGAAUCCAAUGAUAUUUACUCUGAGAAAUACAGAAAUGAAAAAUGCUAUUAGGAAACUCCAAAAGAAUAUAAUGUCUUCAAGAAGCAGAAUCUUUAGUGGGGAAAAACUCUUUGUCCCCUGUCUUCAAUGA